CGCCACAUGACAACAACAUGGUGGCAACAACACAUGACAACAACAUGGUGGCAACACCACAUGACAACAACAUGGUAGAAACACAACAUGGUAGCAACACCACAUGACAACAACAUGGUAGCAACGCCACAUGACAACAACAUGGUAGCAACGCCACAUGACAACAACAUGGUAGCAACGCCACAUGACAACAACAUGGUGGCAACAACACAUGACAACAACAUGGUGGCAACACCACAUGACAACAACAUGGUAGAAACACAACAUGGUAGCAACACCACAUGACAACAACAUGGUAGCAACGCCACAUGACAACAACAUGGUGGCAACGCCACAUGACAACAACAUGGUAGAAACACAACAUGGUGGCAACACCACAUGACAACAACAUGGUAGCAACACAACAUGGUGGCAACGGUGGUGACAAUAACAUGGCGUGUGUGUCAGAGGUGUGUGAGGUGUUUGCCCAGGUGCUGUCUGACUGUGGGAUCUCCUACACACGUGUUCCUGUGGAGCGGGGUCUACACUCGUGUCCCUGGCUGUCCCCUGUCCUCAGAGACUUCUACAUGCAGGUAGAGAAGGAUGCGCUGGAGUCUAUCCCCGUGUUCAGACGACAUGGCAUCAGAUGGCCUGAUGUCUAUCUAGGUUUGACCACCAUGGGUCACAACAUGUCAGUCCCCAACCUCAGACGAGCCUUCAGCCAUGCCAUGGAACUAGACCUGGGUCUCUCACUGUCGCCCCCUGGGGGUGAAAGUAAAAACAGGACAAACACCACGGAGCGGCCCGUGCUGACGGCAGAGCUCAUGGUGCACCCUGGGUACCCCAGCCACCCCCAGGAGGGCGGGUGUGGGGAGGGGCCGGACGACUUCUCCCAGUCGGCUGACAGGCAGCAGGAGUUGACCACCCUGAAGGACCCAGCCCUACUGGCCUUCUACACCCAGGAGAGAGUCCAACUCUGUGCCUUCAGGGACCUCUGAGGUCCCUACACUCCUCGCGCUCAGGGGUAGGGUUGUUCAAUUCCCAAAACUUUUAUCUGGUGUUUCAUAAAUCUCAAUUGAAUAAUUACAGGUUUGAAGAUUCACUCGCUGCUUAUUCCCAGAAUUCUCCAACUGGGAUUUCUGAAAAACACAGAGCAUUUUGGGAAAGUUUUGUGAUCCUACCUCGGAGUCCCUCACUCAGGGGUCACGUUCCAAUAUCCACACUUACUGCUACACUAUCUAUCCAAUUCAUGGCUUCCCGAGGCUGGUGGGAGGAGCUAUAGGAGGACGGGCUCAUUGUAAUGGCUGGAAUAGAACGGAAUCAAACGUGGAUUCUAUAUGUUUGUGUUCGAUACCGUUCCAUUAAUUCCAUUCCAACCAUUACAAUGAGCCCGUCCUCCUAUAGCUCCUCCCAACAGCCCCCUCUUACGGCUUUGUUCUGAGUAUUUAGAACACAUUUUUAAUACAUUGCUUUAUUCUGAGUGGUAAGCUUGUGUAGAUAUUGGAAUUGGACUCCUCUGCUGCUCUUUCAUUGGUGCAACCUUACCUCCAAGCCACCAGGCGGCCGCCACUAUUUUCUGUGAAGCACAAUCCUAUUUUUGACUGUGUUUUAUUACAGACUAGGCAGUUGUUUUCCAAUCAUCUCAGGUGAGAGAGACAAGCACAAAAAUCACUAUGCUCUCUCUCAUCCCAAAGCUAACCUCAAAUCAGCUGAUCACACAAGAAGGAGUCAACAGAAGAGUAACUGCCAAAAGAACGCAGCCCAAAUAGGGCCUGCUUAUAGCAUAUUAUAUUUUAAACAUUUGCAUGUAGUCUAUCUAGGUCUUUUAAUGUCCUCGUUUUAAAAAUAACAAUCCUGUAUAUUUUUCUUAAUUUGUGUCACACUAUUUAUUGAAUGAUGUUGUUAGGAUAUCACAAGCAGCAGAAUGGGCUGAGAUGCCCAACUGACUAUAAUGGCUGUAUGAAUAAAUGAAAGGUGACAGAAAACCUCA